CCUCGGCUUGGCUUUUUCGUGCUUCUGGACAAAAUGUCGGUCCGUGAUGUAAAAAUUGCGCGAGGACCCCUGAUGGCAUUGGGAGCUUUGCAGAAGUUUUUCAAGAAAUAACUUCACCAAGAUGUCCAGUGAUAGGCAGAGGUCCGAUGAUGAGAGCCCCAGCACCAGCAGUGGUAGUUCAGAUGCGGACCAGCGAGACCCAGCCGCUCCAGAGCCUGAGGAACAAGAAGAAAGAAAACCUUCUGCCACCCAGCAGAAGAAAAACACCAAACUCUCUAGCAAAACCACUGCUAAGUUAUCCACUAGUGCUAAAAGAAUUCAGAAGGAGCUAGCUGAAAUAACCCUGGAUCCUCCUCCUAACUGCAGUGCUGGACCUAAAGGAGAUAACAUUUAUGAAUGGAGAUCGACUAUACUUGGUCCACCAGGUUCUGUAUAUGAAGGUGGUGUGUUUUUUCUGGAUAUCACAUUUUCAUCCGAUUAUCCAUUUAAGCCACCAAAGGUUACUUUCCGCACCAGGAUCUAUCACUGCAACAUCAACAGUCAGGGAGUCAUCUGUCUGGACAUCCUUAAAGACAACUGGAGUCCUGCUUUGACUAUUUCAAAGGUUUUGCUGUCGAUUUGUUCUCUUUUGACAGACUGCAACCCUGCGGAUCCUCUGGUUGGAAGCAUAGCCACUCAGUAUUUGACCAACAGAGCAGAACAUGACAGGAUAGCCAGACAGUGGACCAAGAGAUACGCAACAUAAUUCACAUAAUUUGUAUGCAGUGUGAAGGAGCAGAAGGCAUCUUCUCACUGUGCUGCAAAUCUUUAUAGCCUUUACAAUACGGACUUCUGUGUAUAUGUUAUACUGAUUCUACUCUCUGCUUUUAUCCUUUGGAGACUGGGAGACUCCCCAAAAAGGUAAAUGCUAUCAAGAGUAGAACUUUGUAGCUGUAGAUUAGUUAUGUUUAAAACGCCUACUUGCAAGUCUUGCUUCUUUGGGAUAUCAAAAUGUAUUUUGUGAUGUACUAAGGAUACUGGUCCUGAAGUCUACCAAAUAUUAUAGUGCAUUUUAGCCUAAUUCCUUAUCUGUAUGAAGUUAUAAAAGUAGCCGUAGAUGACUAGGAAUUAUGUCAUUUGUAUUAAACCCAGAUCUAUUUCUGAGUAUGUGGUUCAUGCUGUUGUGAAAAAUGUUUUACCUUUUACCUUUGUCAGUUUGUAAUGAGAGGAUUUCCUUUUACCCUUUGUAGCUCAGAGAGCACCUGAUGUAUCAUCUCAAACACAAUAAACAUGCUCCUGAAGGCAUA